CCGUGGCGAUGCGUCGCCACACUGUAAACGGUAUAUAUAUAUAGUGUGGUGACGCUUGCCGUGGUGAUGCGUCGCCACACUAUAAUAUAGUAAAUAUAUAUUUAUAUAUAUAUAUAUAGUGUGGCGACGCGUCGUCAUGUGGAAGUGACAUUUCCCCCACCGCACCGAUCUUGGUCUUCAGUGUACAGUGUUGUUUGAUUACGGUACAUAUAAUAAACAUAAAACAUACCUGUUUUUUAUUAUUUUUAUUAUUAUUUAUAUUAUUAAUAAUUUUUUUUUAAUUAAUAAAUAAAUAAAAUCGCAUCAAAAUGUCUGACAGUGGUAAUUUACAAAGUGAAAGUGAGCAGCCUCCAGCAAAAAAAGCGCGUUAUGACAUAUUAUCAAGUCAUGAUAGCCAACAAUCAUCGCAGUGGUCUCAAAAUAUUAUUAUUGAAGCUAGACAUCAAGAUCAGUUAAACACAAGACAUGCCAUUAAUGUUAUUAGCCAACAAUCAUCUCAGUGGUCUCAAAAUAUCAUUAUUGAAGCUAGACGUCAAGAUCAGUUAAACACAAGACACACCAUUAAUGUUAUAGUAAAUAAUAAUAAAAAGGAAAGUCAAAAGCGAUAUAGGGAAAAUAAUAGAGAAAAAUUAAAACAACGUGAAGCGGAAAGAAGAAAACGAAUGAAAUGUUUACAAAGUACUGCCGGGCCAUCUACUUCUUCAAACACUAAUACCAUUGAAUUGAAUGAUGAAGAUACAAUAAAUGUUAUUUCCCAAUGUUCUUCUGGCUUGGAAAAUACAUGCACAGAUUCUAUUCAAAAUAAUGAGCAAGCUAAUAAAAUAAAUGCUCUCCAAAAAAAACGAGAACGCCAAAAAAGAUACAGAGAGCAAAACAGGGAAAAAUUAAAGCAGCGUGAAGCGGAGAGAAGGAGACGUUUGCGAAAUGUAGAAAUGAUACCAGAAGUGUCCAAUUGUCUAAAUAAUGAAUUUACAGAAAUUAUAAAUGAUCCAAUAAUAAAUGAAACAGAAACAGAUUCUGGGCGUGACUUUGAAGAAAUACAGCACGUAGUGAAUGAAGUACCUCAGCAAAAUUUAAGAGACAUGUCAAAUACGUACAGCCAAUUUAGACACCAUAAAUUAGCUCAUGAAUAUUUUCAAAAUAAUUUUAAAAAUAAUGAAUUUGGACAUGCUUGUUCAAUUUGCGACCGACUAUGGUUUGCAAAAGAUUUGAAGACACCAUCUGCAUCUGGACGUAUAAUUGAUAUAAUAAACGUUGGGCAAAAUGUGGAUGUUCUCAAAAUAUGCUCUACUUGUAAAUCAGCACUAGAUAAAAAUCACAUUCCUAAUAUGUCUGUGUAUAAUGGAUUUCACUAUCCAAAAAUACCCCAACAUUUGCCAAAAAUAGAUUUUAUCACCGAAAGGCUUAUAUCUCCUCGAAUACCUUUCAUGCAAAUACGUAGAUUGAGACAUGUUCAAGGACAAUUUGGUAUAUACGGACAAAUUAUUAAUGUUCCUGUUUCUGUUGACACUAUGGUUCGGUCACUUCCGAGAAAUGUCAAUGAUGAACAUUGCAUUUACGUUCAUAUAAAAAAAAAAUUGAUUCACAAAAGUAGUUUUGUUCAGGGCUUAAUUAGCAUUAGAUCAAUUAAAACAUGGUUACAUUAUUUGAUUAAUACUCCUUUAUAUCAGCAUUACCAAAUAACAAUUGAUGAAUCAUUUUUUAAUCAAGAAACACCAUUGAUUACACAACAGAAUAUCGACGAAUUCAGUGAAAAUAUUGAUAUUGAAGAAAGUCUUUCUGCUCAACAACAAACUUUAGUAUGGAAUGAAGACAAGUAUUUAAGAUUAGCACCGGGGCAACAAAAUAUUCCACAUAGUUUAUUAUUUGAUGAGCAUGCUGAAGAGUUAUCAUUUCCGAGUAUUUAUAUGGGACACUUUAGGGAAUUUAAAGAUACAGUCAAAGUUACACCAUUUAUGAUGGCAUCUAGUGAAUUGCGACGUAAGGAUCGCCGAGGAGUCAAUCCCUAUCAUUUGUUAUACAUGGCUGUAAAAAUUAUGAGACUGCGAGUUCGUGACUGUUUAACAAUUGCAUUCAAACAUGUUGGUACAGAUACCAAUAUAACUAAAGAACAAGUUCAAACCGAAGAGUAUAUUCAUAACUGUAUAGAGUCCAAUUUAGCUUUUUUAAGGUCAAUACCCAAUUCAGUAUGGUACUGGUCUACAAGAAAAAAAGAUUUAUUUGCGAUGAUUCGACAGCUAGGAAAGCCAACAGCAUUUAUGACAUUAAGCGCGAAUGAAAUAGGGUGGCCGGAUUUAUUAACAUUGUUGAAUAAAUUAGCUGAAGAAAAAGAAGAUGUACAAAAUAUUAACGCAUCAGAACUUAGUUUCAUCCAAAAAAGUUCAUUAAUUAACAAUGAUGCCGUAACAUGUGCUAUUUAUUUUAAUAAAUUAGUUAAUGUUAUAAUGUCAAUUUUACAAUCGAAGAAAUUUAGUCCUUUUGGUAAGUUCAGAGUUAUAAACUACUUUUUGAGGAUUGAAUUUCAACAUCGUGGAAGUCCACAUGCGCAUAUUCUCUUGUGGCUUGACAACGCUGCUAUAGAUAUUCUUGGAGAAGAUCAAAAACAAGCUAUAGAAAUGAUUGAUAGUUUAGUGUCAGUAUCAACGUCGGAAGCAUCCGGAAAUAUCAAAUUACUUACGCAUAAGCACACUUUUACAUGCUACAAAAAAAUUGGCCCAACUUCAGUACAAAAGUGCCGAUUUGAAGCACCAUUUAUGCCGUGUAAAUCUACAAUAAUUUUAAUACCGAUGGAUAAAACGAAUCCACAUUACAAAGAAUAUUUGAAAAGAUAUAAUGAAAUUAGAAUCAACUUAGAAAGUAAUGACUAUGACAGUAUUGAUGAUUAUUAUGAAAGUAAUAAUAUCAGAUCAGAUGAAGAAUAUAAAAAUAUACUAAGAUCUGGUAUAAAUAGACCAAAAAUAUUUUAUAAACGUCAUCCAUCAGAAAAAUGGCACAAUACUUUUAACCCAUUUGUUUUCAAUGUCUUAAAGUCAAAUAUGGAUUUCCAGAUAAUUACUGAAGAAUAUUCUUGCGCUGCAUAUGUCGUCGAAUAUGUAAAUAAGACUAACAGAGGCAUUAGCAAUUUGCAACGCAAAAUAAUAGAAGUUAUGAAUGAGAAUCCAGAAUUUGACAUCGUUGAAAUAACUCGUAAAAUGAGCGUUGACAUGCUGAAUACUAUUGAGAUGAGUAGUCAAGAAGCGGCUUGGUAUCUUUUAAGGUUGCCAAUGUCUAAAUCAUCAGUUGCGAUUCAGUACAUUAACACUUGUUGGCCGAUUGAAAGACAGAGGAUAAAAAAGACACAAAAGCAAAUAGAUGAACUUGAUGAUGACUCUACUGAUAUUUGGAAGGAAGAUUGGCACGACAAAUAUCAAAAACGGCCACAAGAAUUGGAAGAAGUUUCUUUAGCGCAGUUUGUUUCAAAAUAUACUAAAAACAGAAAGGGAGAGUACGUCAGAAAACAGCAUCCUCAAGUUAUUCGUUAUAGAAAUUAUAGUAUGACUCAGGAUUACAAUGAGUAUAGAAGAGAAAUGGUUACCUUACAUAUACCAUUUAGAAAUGAAGACACAGAAAUAUUAGCAGAUAUGAAAUUCACAACUACAUACGAUGAGCGCGAAAACGAAAUUUUAGAAAAAAGAAAAGAAUUUGAGAAAAAUAUUGAUAUUCAAAAGAUAAUUGAUAAUUGCCGACAAUUAUGCCAUGAGGAUGAGCUGGUAGAUGACGAAUCAGAAAUUCAAGAUUUUGCGACAAGAUUUCCAGAGCCAAAUCCCUUUGAAGAAUUUUACAGAAAUCCGAAUGCUGCUGUAAAUGAAGAUUUACGUAUAGCUACGCUUAAAAACUUAGGAGCAAUAGCCAGAAGAAGAGAAAAUAUCAUGAGCAAUGAUCGUUUUUGCGAGCUCAUGAGAAGCGCUAAUGAAAAACAAAAAGACUUACUUUUACACGUCAUUCAUCACAAUAUAUCCGCAGAGAAGUCACCUCUACAAUUAUUUUUUACUGGGCCAGCUGGAUGCGGAAAAACCUUUGUGAUAAAAUUGAUAAUGGAAAUAUAUAAUAGAUUUUCUGAUAACGAUGGGUUCUGUAAUUCAUACAUUACGUGUGCUUCAACCGGUAAAGCUGCAGUAGCCAUUAACGGAACUACUGUUCAUACUGCAUUGAAAAUAUCGUUAUCAAAACUAAUUCCGUUGUCAAUUGAAACAGCACAACAAUAUCGAUGCUUAUUUAAAUAUGUCAAAGUUUUAAUAAUUGACGAAAUUAGUAUGAUUGGUGCCGAGCUCUUAAACCAAAUAGACGCAAGAUUAAAGCAAAUAACUGGAAAUUUUGAUGAAAAUUUUGGUGCCCUAGACAUAAUUUUGAUUGGAGAUUUGCGACAAUUACCUCCAGUCCGUGCAACUCCAAUCUACAAGCAGUCAAAACAACGGAUGGUUGGACCCUUACUUUGGCGAGGAUUAAAAUUCUAUGAACUAACUCAAAUAAUGCGUCAAGCUAACGAAAGGUUUGCUUCUAUACUCACAAAAAUUGGCAGUGGUAUUAUUUUAAAUGAUGAUGAAUUGGCAGUUAUCGAGUCUCGAUUUUUUACAAAAGAAGAAGUCUCACGGCGGUGUCCAAAUGGUGUACGCUUAUUCCAUGAUAAUGCAUCCGUUAAUGCAUAUAAUAUUUUAGCUUUACAAACUGAAAAUAAAAUAGAUUCUGUUGCAAUGGAUAUUAUUUCUGGUUGUACUAAUCAUGAGCAGGAAGCAAAGAUGAGACAAAAAUUACAUAAGAUGUCAGUGAUUGAUACAGGAGGUUUGCCAUAUGAAAUUAUUUUUGUUAUUGGAAAGCCCUAUAUUAUUACAACUAACAUAGACGUGGUAGAUGGAUUAGCUAACGGUGCCGUUGGAAAGCUUGUUUAUAUAGAACAAAAUGAAGAAAACCAAGUUACUCGCGUGUGGCUCAUUUUUCCAGAAAAAAACACUGGUAUGGUGGCUAGAAGAAAAGCGACAGCUUUCGUUGCAGAACAUAAUAUCGAUAGACGUGCUGUACCUAUUGGACGUCGAACUUCGAGUGUAUCACUUAAUAAUAAUAAAACUAUUAUGGCCAAACGAAAUCAUUUUCCAAUAAUAUCAGGAUGUGCUAUGACUAUUCAUAAGUCUCAAGGAGGUACUUAUGACGAGGUGGUCUAUGAGUAUAGUAGAAGUCAUAGUAUUCCAUUACUUUAUGUAGCUUUAACACGAGUAACAAGUGUUGAAGGGUUAUUUAUUUGUAAUAGUCAGGAUGAUCUAAGGUUUUAUCAUGGAAGAAGAGUUGAUCCAUCCAUUUCAAGUUUACAACAAGAAUUUGAAAGGUUAUCGUUACAUAAACUUACUACAUUGCAAAAAGGAAUCACUGAUUUUAUGAACUCCAGAAAUAAAUUAACUAUAUAUACCUUAAACUGUCAAAGUCUUAGAAAACAUACCCCUGAUUUACAAGAUUCUGUUUGUCAAAAUAGUAACUUUUUACUACUAACUGAAACGUGGCUUCCUGCAAAUGAAUCAGUUGACCUUCCAAACUUUCAUUGUAUAGCUAAAUUUAAACGGCAAAAUGCGAGAGCUGCUGGUGUUGCCAUUUAUAAAAAAAAUAAUAUUUCACAUAUUACUACAUUGAACAUGGAUCUAGCAAUUCAAAAUACUGCAGAUGUUCAUGUCUCCCAAACAUCUAUUGGCGAUAUUUGCGCUUCACACGUUACAUUAGAAAAUGGAAGUGAAUUAAUUAUGGUUGUUCUAUACAUUUCACCCAAUAAAAAAAUAAAUGAUAUCAUUUCAUUUUUACACGAGAGAUUAUUUGUGUAUAGUCACAGAGGGUCAAUAAUUUUGAAAACUAACAAAGAUAGACAACCAUUGAUUUUAGCUGGGGACUUCAAUAUAAAUUUUGGUAAAAAUGAAUCAUUGCCACUAGUUACAUUUCUCGAAGAAGAAUUUCAGUUGCAAAUGAAUAAUAAUCCCAAAGAACCUACAACUAAAUAUGGAACGACAAUAGAUGGUAUAUUUACAAGAUACCUGGGCAAUGUUAUUUCAAAUACUUUUGUUACGUACUUUAGCUAUCAUCGUCCACUCGUCACUGUAAUUUCGUCGGAAGAAACAUAAAAUAUAAAAUUUAUAAAAGAAGUCACUUAUUAAAAUGUUGCGAGUGGUGUCACAAUUAGAAAUAAAUUUUUUAAUUUUUGUACUUAACAAAAAAUGAAUAAAUAUGUAUUUAACUGUCAUUAUUUUAUAGAAAAUAUUUGUAAUACUUCAUAUUUUCAUUUUAUCAUAUUUAAUUCCUAUUGUAACCUAAUCUUCUGUGCGUAUAACUUGUAAAAAAUAAUUUCGAUGUUUCACAUCAGCCAGGCGUCCCGUGACGGCUCACAGU